AUGGACGUCGUCGCCGUGGCAUCACCAAGUAUUUACUUGCAGGACCUGGUGAGUUUUGGGCGCGGGUUCCUCCGCCAAGGGACAGUUAUCAAGGACGCUACCGUGGAGAACAGCUCUCUCCCCGUCGACACGUUCCGGAUCCUUCUCAUCGACAACUCUGUCGUGUAUAAGAACGCCGGGGACAUCAGGGUGCUCGACAGGAACCACCUACACCCCGGCCAGGUUGUUGGGUCGGCGUCCGACAUUGCCGGCCAGAUCGGCGUCGUCACCGGCGUCACCACCCUUCUGGUCCUGGCCGAGCAUGACAACCGGGGCAUGGCGACCGGGGUCAUCAAGGGCGUGUGUCCGUCAAGCCUGCGCCGAAUCAGCAGCCUCAGUCUUGGCGACUUCGUCGUGUCUGGGCCGUGGCUCGGCCGUGUUGUCGAGGUAUCUGUUGAUGUCGACGUCCUUUUCGAUGAUGGCGCUGUAUGCAGGCAACAAAUAAACUGCGACUUCUACCCAGGGCAGAGCGUGAAAAAGGAAAACUCGUGUUCCCUCUUUAAAGCGGCACGAUGGCUUAACGGCUACUGGAAUCCUGAUCGCGACAGAGGCACCAUCAUUAAGGUGGAGAUGUCCGGCGUUCUCGUCUACUGGAUUGCAUCGAUGCAUUGUGGCACGGACAGGGAGCUCGUUGAGGCAUCCGCUCCACCAGCGUACCAGCACCCUGAUGAACUGACAUUCUUCUGCGCCGCGUCUAGUUGCAGCUGGUGGGUAUCUGACCAAUGCUUCUUUCGAGAACCUAGGUCGGCCAAAACUGAUGAUGAUAAUGGAAAUGUGGCUAUAGCUCACGAUCAAGAGGAGGAGGAGGAGGAGGAGGAGGAGGAGGAGGAGGAGGAGGAGGAGGAGGAGGAAAACGACGACCCAUGCUCUGAAAACAAUGAGGAUGUGAUUGAUUUUGACCAAGAUACACCAAGUGCUCAUGACGUACCACCCACACCAACGAAGCAGAACGGUGUGAUCUUUUACGGGAAGCAGUUGAGGAAGGUAUUCUUUGAGGGACACAGGCGGGAGCGACGCCCACAAGUCAGGAAGCCUGUGGAGGUGGAGUUUCCCAUGACCGUCGUCAGCACCAACACCUCUGUCGACGUGCUAUGGCAGGAUGGCACCCUGCAACAUGGCGUACCUUCAGCGAGCCUCGUCCCCUUUGAUGUAAUGAAUGAGCAAGAGUUCUUCCCUGGAGAACACGUCGUUGAGAAUGAUACAGCCGUUGGUACUAAUGGUGACAAGGAUGGCACGACAAAACGUGUGGGCAUCGUCAGGAGCCUGGACUGCAAGGACCAGACGGUUUGUGUGUCAUGGUUGAAGGCGGGGAUAUGCCCUGGCGAGGCUAGAGAGGUUGAGUGCAUUGAGACCAUAAGCGCAUAUGAUCUCAAAUUGAACUACUCACCCUACUACGGAGAUAUAGUUGUCCGCCUUGUUCGUUCAGAAUCACCGAACAACGGUGGUGCUAGUGUGGCCUUAGAUGGCAAGAAGAAGAAGAAGAAGAUUGCCGCGGAUGUUGACCUUUCAUGGGUGGGGCAUGUUGUUAACCUUCCUGAUGGACAUGUCCAAGUCAAGUGGGGUGAUGGUAGUAUGUCAACGGUGUCGCCACAUGAGAUCGUUGUGGUCAACGAGGGGCACUACAUGGAGUUGACGAAUGAAAUGGGCGACUGGGUGGAGGCUGACGGCCUAGAUGAAGAGGCUACUAGCACGGACAAUAAUGAUCCGCAUAACCCAGCCAACUAUAGCGAUGUCGAAAACGAAGACCCAGCAGCGACGACGACAAGCAUUUUGGGUUUUGUAGUCCGGUCAUUGCUCCAAUUGACCGGUGACAUGGUGGCUCGAGGUAAGAGAUACCUGACUAAUCGCCAGCCGCCGCCCUCAUCGUUGCUACCAAGCUCAGAGGUACCUGCGCCCACGAAUGAUGAUAACAAUUGUGGUGCCCCGUUUCGAAAAAAUGAUAUCAUUUGUGGUGAAGCAACGGAGAACGUCGCUGCUGCAUGUGACAAAUCGUUCAGCUUCCCACGUUUCGAUGUAUUACAGAUCACCCCUGAGGAUCACCAUUACCUUGACGACGCAGACCAGGAAAUGCAGGGCGGUAGUCAUGGAAAGAAUUGGGCCAAGGCAGUGCAAAAGGAAUGGAAAAUUCUAGAGAACGACUUACCAGAAACCAUCUAUACACGAGUGUUCGAGGACCGCAUGGACCUGCUCCGGGUGGUGAUGGUGGGCGCGAGCGGGACGCCAUACCAUCACGGACUCUUCUUCUUCGACUUGCAGCUGCCAUCGUCCUACCCGGCUGAGCCACCCCAAGUGUAUUACCACUCCUACGGCCUACGCCUCAAUCCAAACCUCUACGAGUCUGGUACCGUGUGCCUCAGUUUGCUAAACACGUUCAAUGGCGAGGGCACCGAGCUUUGGUCAUCAGUGUCAUCAAGCCUCCUCCAAGUUGUUGUCUCCAUCCAAGGCCUUGUCCUCAACGACCAACCAUACUACAACGAGGCCGGAUACGAGACCCUAGUUGGCAAACCAGAGGGUCGUCGCAAUGCGCUGCCCUACAAUGAGAAUGCUUACAUUCUCAGCCUCCGGACCAUACUCCAUGUGUUGCACCGUCCGCCUCAAGGAUUUGAGGAAUUCGUCAAGGACCACUUCCGCCGACAGGGAAGGUUUGUGCUCAUGACAUGUAAUGCGUGCCUGCGGGGAUGCGUUGUCGGUGAUGCCCAUGCCACCGAAGCGAUUAGGGAACAACAAUGCUCAGCCGGGUUAAAGCUUGCGCUCGCCAACAUGUUGCCCAGCCUCCUGGCAGCCUUCACAGAGAUCGGCGCCGAGGGAUGCGAAGAGUUUCAGAAGUCAUAUGCUCUCAGAAGACGAGAUUGGUCAUUGUUUUUCGAGGGUCGUUUUGCUGCCAAGCGUCUGCACGCCCUUGCUGCAGAUCUCGAUGGUCCCAAGAGACGUAUUAUUGCAGAGCAUAGUGCAUUUAGAGCAUUUUUGGAUGUAUCUCCAUUCAACAUUUCUAAUGCUCUAAUUGACUCUGUUGCCUCUCAUACUAGCCCUGGUUUGCGGGAGUUCAAGUUCCAUAAGAAGAGGAUGGUUUUCACAAAAGAGAUGGUGAUCAAAGUUUUUGGAAUUCGAUGUGGCGAGAGACUUGUUGUGCAGAAGAAGGGUGAGCAUCCUGAGCUGCGCCAAAUGAAGAUCUUGAACAAUAAGACUGUUUUUGGAAGGCGUCCGUUUCUUGACAUGUCGAACACUUCUUAUGGAGUUGCUUCCUUUGUCAACCAUCAUCAUGUUGAGGAGCCUGUUGAGCAACCUAAUGAAGAACCUGAAGUGAACCCGUUCCAGCUGCGUAAGCAUCUGUAUGAGAAACACCGGACUAUUUAUGGUUGUGAUGUUGACACCACUCUCAAGAAAUUUGGCGUUGGUUUGAAACAAAUGCAGUCGCAGCGCAUGGCAACUUUGCUUAUUGAUAUAGAUGCAGCAAUGAAAGAAGGAGAUGGUCCAAGUGUCCAUUUCCCAACCGGAGGUGGAGUUGAAGACGAAUCUAUGUAUGCUGUAGACGGAAAUGAGGAUGAAGAAGAAAUUACUCCGCCUAAUGAUGUUGCUUCUGUAGUGAAGCUAGACGACACAUCUUUUGAGCAACCUAAAGCUAUGGAGGCUGCAACACCACCCAUACCAUGGGAUGCUGAAGCAGAUCAUUUGGGCGAGAAUGUUUCACCGCAGCAUCCGACAAACACAGUCGGCCAUCGACGGCUCACCACGGUGGUGGCCGAGAUCCGGUCGCUCGGCGAGAUCGUCUCGGAUGAAUCCGUGAUCGAAAUCGAACACCUCUUCGGCGCCGUCCCAGAUCGGUUCGCUAAGAUCGUCAACACGAUAGAACAGUAG